AUGGCAUCUGAAAAGCCGAUACUUUAUAGCUAUUUCCGAAGUUCCUGCUCUUGGAGAGUGAGAAUUGCACUGGCUCUGAAAGGGAUUGCCUAUGAUGUGGUGCCAGUGAACCUCCUGAAGGAUGGGGGACAGCAG